CACAGCGCAGACAGGAACAGCUGAAAGAGAACAACAAAGCCCCGACGACGACGGUAUAAACAGCAGAUGUGCGCCUAAAAUACACCGAAAAGAUCGGUGACACCGUCGCUGACCGAGGCGUUGAUCUCCCCUGAAACGAGUUUUAAAAGUUCAGUCACUCCCAGAGAUUAGACGAUGGGCCGUAUCUUCUUGGACCACAUUGGCGGAACGCGCCUCUUCUCCUGUGCCAACUGUGACACCAUCCUGACUAAUCGGUCUGAGCUCAUCUCCACACGAUUCACAGGAGCCACCGGAAGAGCGUUCCUCUUCAAUAAGGUGGUGAACCUGCAGUACAGCGAGGUGCAGGACAGAGUGAUGCUCACUGGCAGGCACAUGGUAAGAGACGUCAGCUGCAAGAACUGCAACAGCAAGCUGGGUUGGAUCUAUGAGUUUGCCACCGAGGACAGUCAGCGGUACAAGGAGGGACGCGUCAUCCUGGAGAGGGCUCUGGUCAGAGAGAGCGAGGGCUUUGAAGAGCAUGUUCCCUCAGACAAUUCAUGAGCCCCUGGUGUUGGAUUAUGGGAAGCUCACUCCCGUGCCCUCCUUUUCCUCUCCUUUACCCCCUCGCCUCUGCGCUGCACACCACCACCUGCAGACUUAGUGGUCAGUGAAGUUUUGGCUUCACCCCUCCCACACCCCUUCCCUGUCUGUGGUCUAUGACCUUAGACCUCUGCUGAUUAGAAGAUUGGUGUGCUGGAUCUAUUCUUGCUGAAUAGGCUUCCCCAAAAAUACUCCUCGAUUUAUGUGUCCCAGGGCGGUCCCACAAAACAGCUGGGAACACCGCUAGCGACUUCACUUAAGCGUUCAAGCACGGUCACACAGAAUUCUCAUCAUCGCUGCACAAGGCAUGCACCACACUUUCAUGGUAAUUAAACACAUGCAUGAUGAUACAUGGGUCACUCGCAUUACAAAACAUCACCUAGUUGUUUUAUUUAUCUAAAUAACUGGAGGCAGUAGAGCUGAGUAUGAUCGUCAUCCCAGUGUGGGCGAAGCAACCAGCUCACUCUACAUGACUCCGUUUAAUGAGCCAACUGAGAUGUCACUCUACAUACUGCUUUUGUGGAAUUUGUGCUUCUGUGUUGUGAACUUUGUCUCAGUGUACUUGUCACUGUUUCACAAUGAAUGCAAUUUAAGACCGUGAUAGUCGUUUAUUCUGUAUAAGUUACCCUUUUUCUGAGCUUGUAGUAUAAUGGAUGUAAUAGUGUUUAAAAUCUCUGUUCUCAUCCAAAUGAUACCGCACAGAUUGAUGUCAUAUUUAAGUAUUCAUUGUUGUGUUUGACAAUGAUAGCAGUUUUAUUUGAAUUUGGCUGAAAUGAUGUGUAUUUAUUUUGAGUGAAAUGUACACAUAGUGGCUUAAGUCAGCCAUUUGAUAGUGUAGAAGCGAUAUCCCAUGCAGCAAACAGUCCUCCUAUUUAGUUCAGUUCUACCGGUCUACAUCUGUCACCAUAGAUUCUGUGCCUGUGUGUGCUGUGCGAAGAACAGCGUGUCACUUUGGUGACUUGUCAGAAGCAUGUAGCUUUCAGCCAUCGAUGUGGACGAGGCAGAAAGUGUCUGAGACGCGAUGGAGACGUUCUCUGGCUGCCUGCUGGCUUAAACACAGGAUAAUGAGAGGAUGGGUCAUAUAUUUGAAAGUAUGUGAUCAUCAAAGACAAGCCAAAAGAGCUUCUGAACAACGAACAACAACAAUAUGUUCAAAUUAAACCUGUGUUUAGCCAUGCUACAUUUGUUUCUACACAGUUCAUUGCAGAUGCUGUCUCCUAGUGUGAAACUACUAUUGGGAUAGUGACCCUCUCUGUUUUUGUAAUCCUGGGCUUAGGGCAUAUUUGGUCAUAAGAUGACAGGUCGCUUACAGCACAAAGUCAGGCAAGCUUUAAUGGAGUAUUUAUCUUUAAAAUCAAACUCUUGUGCUCCGACCAGGCCAGAGCCUCCAUUUUAUAUCAUCAAACUGUUGUAAAAAGACAUAAUUUUCAUGACCUUUGAGGUGAAUUUUGGACUGAGUUACAGCACAGCUCUGUGGCCCUGGUGUGUCAUUGUGUCAUGUCAGAUUAUGCAUGCCUGUAGGCGUUACUAAAAUGGUUCACACUUGACUAGUUUGACACUGUUAAUGUUUUGCUUGCCUUUGCAAGGUCAUACAAGACAGUGUGAGUUGUCAUUUCUAUAAACAAGUUAAAUAUAUACAGGGCAUUGGCAUCAUUCAUGCCCCAGAGUCAGUGCAGUGUGCAGUCAGUGGCCACAAUAGAAUAUUAUCAUUUUGUUGUUCACUUUUAGCAUUUUAUUGAUAUGCUAUUUGUUUUUAUUUGCUUUAAAUUGUAUGGUUAUUUUAUUGACUGAUACAUUUAUCUUUUUUGGAAUAUUUUCUUGAUCAGAGAAUUGGAAAAUAAUCGUUUUCUUCUGUGGCUAUGACAAGAUUUUCUCUGAUGUGAUUUCUAAAUAAAGAUGUAUUCUUGCUGGUUUCA